UGGGUGGUGGUGGUUCUCUCAAUGACCCAUCUAAUCACCCACACUCUCUCACACUUGCCUUAUUGCUAACUAGCUAACUAGCUAGCUCGAGAAAGGGAUCUUGUUCUUGAUUUAAAGAAAAAUAAAAGAAGACAGCCUUUGCUCUUCUUCCAGGUGUUUCCUUUCUUUUAUUUUCAUCAAAUAAGAGGAGAAGGCUUUAGUUGGAAGAGCGUGAUUUUUGUGCUCUUUCUUAAGUGCUUGGGUCAAAAGGGAAUAUUGCAGAUCUCAUUCAUAUGAAGAGAUCUUUCAGUCUGGUGCAUGUGCUUCUGGUACUUGCAUUUUUCAGUCAUAUUGCAUGGGCUGUCAAGGGCAGCUCACAUUGCAAGCAGACCCAUGCAGCAGAGAUUCGGCCUCACAGUGUCACUAUUACCGAAUUCGGUGCAGUUGGAGAUGGUGUUACUCUCAAUACAAAAGCAUUUCAGAAUGCCAUCUUCUACCUCAAUUCAUUUGCUGACAAAGGUGGGGCCAAGCUUUUUGUCCCAGCAGGCCGGUGGUUGACAGGAAGCUUCGAUCUCAUCAGUCACCUAACUUUGUGGUUAGAUAAGGAUGCAGUAAUUCUUGGAUCAAAGAAUUCUGGUGACUGGCCAGUUGUUGAUCCUCUGCCUUCCUAUGGCCGAGGUAGGGAGUUACCUGGAGGAAGGCAUCGAAGCCUUAUAUAUGGUCGCAAUUUGACUGAUGUAAUUAUAACAGGUGAUAAUGGAACUAUUGAUGGCCAAGGCAGUGUUUGGUGGAGCUGGUUUAGAAGUAAAACUCUGAACUAUACUCGGCCCCAUCUGGUUGAGUUGAUGAACUCAACUGGUGUUGUAAUCUCAAACUUGACUUUCUUGAAUUCACCAUUUUGGACCAUCCACCCAGUAUACUGCAGCCAUGUCAUAGUCCAGAACGUCACAAUCCUAGCUCCUCUGGAUUCACCAAACACGGAUGGGAUUGAUCCAGAUUCUUCUGAUGAUGUUUGCAUUGAAGACUGUUAUAUUAGCACUGGUGAUGAUCUAAUUGCCAUCAAAAGUGGGUGGGAUGAGUAUGGCAUUUCAUUUGCUCGCCCUAGCACAAAUAUUAUCAUCCAUCGGCUUACCGGACACAAUCGGAAUGGCUCUGGGAUUGCAAUUGGAAGUGAGAUGUCUGGAGGUGUUUCUGAAGUUUAUGCAGAAAACCUCUAUUUUUUCAAUUCAAGCACAGCUAUUAUAAUAAAGACUGCUCGUGGAAGGGGUGGUUAUGUGAGAAAUAUUUAUAUAUCAAAUGUUACCUUGGCUGGUGUAGACACAGCUCUAAGGUUCAAUAGUAAUUUUUCUCAGCAUCCAGAUGAGUUUUAUGAUCCAAAUGCUCUCCCUGUAAUAGAAAGGAUUACUGUUAAGGACGUCAUAGGAGAUAACAUAAAAGUUGCAGGCCUCCUCAAAGGCAUAGAAGGGGACAGCUUUCAUCAUGUUUGCUUAUUGAAUAUUACUCUCAAUGUAACCACAGAGUCUCCAUGGAACUGUUCAUUUAUUCAAGGAUAUUCUGCCUUGGUUUCCCCAGAAACUUGUGAACCUCUGAGGGAAAGUAUCUACCCCAAGCAUUAUUCAGAUUGUUACCUUCUGGCAAAUCAUUUGUGGAGUUCAGGUAAUCAAAACAGAGGUCCUUGGUUGCUUUCUUGGUAAAUAGCGGAAACAUAGCAUUUGCUUUACGGUGAAAUCACCCUCUUUCAUGAAUUUUGAAUUUUUUAGUUGGAAUUUUGAUUCUUGCCAUUUCUCAACAAAACAGCCCAUCACCUCGCCAAGGAAAUGAUGCCCGACAUAAGAAGCUGAUUGGAGUAAUUAUGUGGCUGUUGACUUGUGAGAUGGUGUUUGAGAGAUUGUUUUUGUAACUUUGUGUGCAGUAACAAAUAAUUGAGUGAUUUGUCAGAAAAAUGAAAAUAGAUGAGUAUGUCUUUGAAAGGUUUUUGUCUUUUUCUUUCUUUGGCUUGUUAUAAUCUGAAUGCCAACAGUGCAAGUUAUCAAAAGUUCAAUGAAAACAGAAUCA